AUGAAGACUUUUUUGGUAUUUCUCACCGUUGGAGCGUUGGUGGGUGCCGUGUUGGCAGUCAGUGAACAUGCGAACAGUGAGGUAUCGCUCCGUCGUCCAGGUGGAGGUAAUCGGCCAGGCGGCGGAGGUGGUGGUGGUAGUGGAGAAGGCAACAGACCCCAACCAGCUCCAACUUCAACUACAACUCCAGACAGCGGUGAGAGCGUUGAAUCCAACGAAGAUGCUAACGUAAAUGUUUGCGACGGUUUGCUGAUUGGCAUAUUGGAGCAUCCGAGCAGUUGCUUCAAGUACAUCAGCUGCUACAAGGAAGUUGCCACCGAGGAAACAUGUCCCCCGGACACAAUCUUCGAUUCGGACGAGAUCACCUGUGUGCCGGGAAAUCAGCGUACGUGUCGGAAGGAGGGCGAAGAGGUACCCCUGCCAGGGGACAUGUGCCGUGGCAUUGUGCUUGGUACGAUGGUACAUCCGGAGGACUGCAAUAAGUACGUCAGUUGCCUGUUGGGACGAGCCCGUGAGCGUUCCUGCCGCCGUGGGUUCGUGUUUUCCGAGCGUCUGUUUGUGUGUCUCCCAGGGGAUCUGAACUCCUGCACCGUCACACUGUUACCGACUACGACCACCGUUGCGCCGGAAGAAGUUCGCCCACUACCCAGUGACAUCUGCCGUACGAACAAUGUGGCGUUUGGUGUGCUGCCCCACCCGCAGUUCUGCACUCGGUACGUUACCUGCACGCUGUGGAUAGCUGGGGAACGAGAGUGUGGCCGGUUCCAAGUGUUCAGUGAGCGAUUUUCCAUGUGCAUGAUCGGCGAUGUGAAUCGCUGUCGGCCAAUUCUUGGACGAGACGCUGAGUUGGAGGUAGUUUAG